ACUCUCCCUUCACACAAACUUUAUUACAGUUGUUGUAUUGUAAUUAAGCAAGAAUAUUAGGCAAUGGAGUCUUCUAGAACUUCAACUACUCUUGCUCUUUUUUUAACCAUCAAUUUGCUUUUCUUUGUCAUGGCAAGUGGCUGCUACACUUGCACACAGCCUAAGCCAAACCCUAUCCCAUUCCCUUACCCUAACCCUAGUCCUGCCGCGAAGAGCUGCCCCAGGGACGCACUUAAGCUCGGAGUGUGCGCAAACGUGCUUAAUGGACCAAUUGGUGCUAUUGUAGGGUCACCACCGGACCACCCAUGUUGCUCAGUGCUAGAAGGGCUUCUUGAUCUUGAAGUUGCGGUUUGCCUCUGCACUGCCAUCAAAGCCAACAUUCUUGGCAUUAACCUUAACAUCCCCAUUUCGCUUAGCUUGAUACUUAACGCCUGCGAGAAGUCGCCACCCUCUGACUUCCUGUGCAACUAGGCAUAGUUAAUUAAGCACGUCAUUCUCAAUUAUUCAUGCACUACUUAAUUUAAUUUCAUCGACGUGUUUUGUUUAUGUGAUUUUUGUGCCCUUUGUGUUGUGAUGAUUCUUAUGCUGUUCGGACAGUGUUAACUCAUUUAGUGAGAAUUCGGUUGUAGCCGUAAUUUAACUUCUGGUGUUAGUGAUGAGUGAUGACUUUCUAAUUUUUUAAAUUUGAAGAAUUAAUUGCUCUCUC